AAGAGCACAGUAAAUUAAUGAAUGGAAAAAACGUCGACGGUGGAAAACGAAAACAAAAGCCUUUGCCUGCUUUGCCUUUGAUCUCUCGUCGUCGCCGUCGCCGUCGUCAUCGCGACGAUUCGAUUAGAUUGGGUCCGGUUUUCGGUCGAAGUCGAUCGGUCUAUCAUUUGUGUUUGAAAUUUCGAGCUGGCGGGAUGCUCUUUUGCUAAGUACCUUCAGUGAUUCCUUAGAAGUUUGUCGGUGGUGGAGAAGAUUUUCAUUUUGUUCACAAGUCUUGGAAAUUGUUCGACCCAUCGCAAGUUCAUUUCAAUUAUUUUUUCGUGUCACCGUUUCCCAUUAACCAGGAAGUGCCAUCUCUAUAUAAACUUCUUUUUUUUGUGUGAAGAAAGUUGUUCCUGCUUUGCUAAACUCAACCUUCCGAGCGGCUGUUGUGUGUGCGUUCCUGUGAGAGUUGUUCCACUGUGAUAGCGAGAGGUUAUUUUUAGUUCUGCCGCUGGUUGUGGGAAAGGAAGAAAAGAAGACUGCUGCGUGCAACCGGUUACCGCGAUCCGACCGAAACUGUCCUCAACGCAGACGACGGGGCAGUUUAGUGCUAUUGCCAGUAGUGAACGGUGUGCAAUCCGAUUCGAACGUGAAGUCAAGUACGCGUUGUGCCGUGGCCAGUAGCGUGCUGCUUUCUGCUGUGUGAGAGACUCCCUUUGUGCGUGCACUUGCCGUCAUCGAUAUCCUGAGCGGAUAAGCGGGACCCGCAUUUAAAGAACAGCAAUCAUGUCUAGAUUCGCCUGGGUGACGUUAGCAACUAAUGAUUCGUACUCGCUUGGCGCGCUGGUGGUGGCGCAUUCACUCAAAAGGGUGCACACUCCCCACCAGCUGGCCGUUCUGAUAACACCCGGCGUUUCGGAAGCGAUGAAAAACAAACUACGCUCCGUGUUCAACGUAGUGGAAGAGGUCAACCUGCUGGACUCGAAAGAUGAUGCUAAUCUGGCGCUACUGAAGCGUCCCGAGCUGGGCAUCACGUUCACAAAGUUGCACUGCUGGCGGCUGGUGCAGUUCGAGAAAUGUGUUUUCCUCGACGCCGAUACGCUAGUGCUGCGUAACUGCGACGAGCUGUUCGAACGCGAAGAACUGUCCGCCGCACCGGACGUCGGUUGGCCCGAUUGCUUCAACUCCGGUGUGUACGUUUAUCGACCUAGCCUGGAGACGUUCUCCAGUUUGCUCCAAUUUGCCGUCACCAAUGGUAGCUUCGACGGUGGUGAUCAGGGACUGCUGAACUCGUACUUUUCCGAUUGGGCAUCCAAGGACAUCUCGAAGCACCUGCCCUUUGUGUACAAUACUUCGUCGGUGGCCACGUAUUCAUAUCUACCAGCAUUUAAGCAAUUCGGACAAAACACAAAAAUCCUACACUUCAUCGGAACGGCCAAACCGUGGCUGCAAAAUUUCAACUCGGAAACGCGAAAAGUGUACGUCCCCGGUGGCUAUCAGCAUCUGGCCAACUUUCUGCAGUUCUGGUGGGACAUCUUCUGCGAGGAUGUCCAUUCGCGGCUCUCCACGGAGAUGCAAAAAGUUUUCAGCCGUUGGAUUGAGCCAACCAAGGUCAGUAAUGGUGCGAAUCGUUCUUCCGGAACUGGAAGCUUCUACACGGAAGGUGGUUUCGACUUUAAUGGUAAUCGCUUUCAGCAGUACAGAGAAGAGAUUACUGUGAGCUACGAAACUCCCACUGAGUAUAUUGAUCCAUGGGAAGAAUACCUGCGAAGGCAGGAGAUGGAACGCGAGCAAAGAGCUCGUGAACAGCAAAAACUUGAGCAAGAAAGAUUAUACUUUCAGUAUCUGAACAAUCAGCGGUUGCAGGAACAACAACAGCGACAACAUGAACAGCAAAGACAAGAGCAGCAAUCGCAGCACCACGAUCAUGUUCAUCAUCAACAAGAUCAUACGCAUCAGCAUUAUCACCAAGAACAUCAUGGUCACCACGAUAACCAAGAUGCUAAUGUUUUUCAGAGUACAGAACAGUGGGUUGAACAUGUGCAUAGACAUGACCAAGGGGGUCAUUGGGAACCGGGACCACCACAAUCGGUGGGUGUCAUCGAAGUGGGUGUCAUCGAAGGGGGUGUUGGUGGUGGUAAUGAUAACUGGCAUUCUUUUGAUUUUCACCAAAAACAACAAACACCACCACAGGAUGAGUUUCAUGCCAGUGGUGACCAUUUCGCUACGGUUACUGCUGAUGGUGGUGGUGGUGGUAGUGGUGAUGAUGGUGGACAACAUCUGCAGCAACAAUCCCAGCAAGGCCAACUCCAACAUGAUCAGUCGAGCCAUGGUGAUGGGAGUGGCCUCGCUGGAGCACUGUCGCAGUUACACCUUGGUGAACCUAAAUCCGGCGAGCAGGAAGCCUACGAGGAACAUAUGCGACGCCAAUGUUGGGAACAGGGCAAUAUCGACUACAUGGGUCGUGACUCGUUCGACAAUAUUUGGCGCCGGAUUCAGGAGACGCUGAAAGGAACUUCCCAGGAGGAACCCGAUGUGGAACCUGCGCCGGCUCCAGCACCGGUUCCUGUACGAGCUUCUCCACCACGUCGCCACUCGUCCAAGUCUCGCUCCCGUUCGACUACACCCAAACGGGAUCCCCGGGAUCGGUCGCCAACUCCACAGCCCGAGGAUAGCUUACCUCUGGAGAAGAAGGAAGUUCAAAUUGAGGCGACGAUCCACGAAGAAGACGAUGGCUUGUACGCUUCGGCCCAGGACGAGCGUAGCGUUGAGCGUACGAAACUGCCACCUCCGGUUCAGUACGAUCCUACGACCCGUACGACCACACUGACCAAAAAAGUAUUUGCAGGUAAUCAACAGGUAAAGACCCCGCAAGGUAAGACGCGUACGGCAGCCAAAGCCGUCUAUGAUCCAAGCGUUGAUGAUGAUGUUCCAGCGUUCGAUACGGUGACUGUGGCUUCGGUGACUGAAAGCAAAAUCGAAGCGGUCAAAGCGCUGGAACCAACAAUUGUACCUAUAAACGUAUCUGCAGAACCAAUCAAACCGGUAGGCCAAAAGCAGGAAAAAUUAACAACAUCGAAAAGAGAACCAACACCACCACCCCCUCCUCGCACAGAGCGAAAACCUUCACCACCCCGACUAUCGCCAAGACCUCAGAUGCAGCAACAGGUUGCUCAGGAAUCGAUGGCAGGUAAAGCACCCACUGUCGAACCGGUAAAAUCAGCUCGCCGCAGGCGAGUAACACCUACACAAACCACUCCUCAAUCAUCGUCUAUCGUUACCUCCAACACCUCCACUACCGCCCCUGUACCAACCGUGCCAUCUCCGUCAAAACCAACUACCGUUCCGCCCAAGACUACAACGGCUAGCAAGUCAUCACAGUCUACCAAUUCUUCCACGAACAAGCGCUCUAAGUCAUCAAAGUCGUCCCCAUCUGUCACCACGACCGCCACCAUCAACGCCGUCACCACCCCUGUCACCUGUUUGAACAACAAUCAUCAACCGCUGGCACCGGAGGUGGUGUCGACGACGAAGAGCAGCCGCCCGACUGCGUCCGCGAAGUCGGUUGACGAUGCGGACACCGUUCCACUGACCGCCAAUGACGAACUGCAGGCCGCCCAGCAAUCGCAACAUCCGGCGGCACCACCCCGCCGUAAACGGGAAAGUAAAACUUCCCGCCUAGUGAAAUUCUUCCGUUCCCUCUGUACGAUAUUGUGAAAUUGGGCCCAGAACCGAAAUCUACCGAAUCGCAAAUAGUAACCCCUAUUGGUUUACACUAAAUCCUACCAUUACUACCACUACUACUACUACCAUCACCACUACUACUAUUGCUACUGCUGCUAGAUACAUUUGCAUUUUACCGAUACCAUCGUUGUAACGACCAAAAAGUUACUGAAUUGUACCCGCGAGAUCUGAUCGCAAGACGUUUACUAUUAACAGUGGAUUUGAAAUAAAGUAAAGUUUUUCAUUUUCAUUUUCAUAAA